UUUACUUCUGACGAUUGCCAAAUCUUCUAAUUUAUCAUAGGAAACCAAGUGCCGCUUUCGAUAGUCCUCCCUCGGUUUCACGGCGAAGUAGACCGCCGAGAGCUGAUCGGCGGACUUGCCCAGAGGGCGGUGGCCAUGGCGAAGGGCGCGCGCCACCCCCGGAGACCUCCGACGCUGAUCCUGGUGGCCCUCCUCACCAUCUCCGUCGUCCUGCUGGUGCUCCUCGCGCUCGGCGCCUUCUCCCUCCCCGCGGUUUCCGAGGACGGCCGGGUGGCCGAAGUACACCGCUCCGUCCGCGAGGCGAGAGAUGAACUCCAGGAGACAGGGGAGCAAUGGACGGAAGUACUCUCUUGGGAACCGAGGGCCUUCCUCUUUCACAACUUCCUGUCCAAGGAAGAGUGCGAGUACCUAAUUGAACUGGCAAAGCCUUAUAUGAAGAAGUCAACAGUUGUAGAUAGCACUACUGGGCGGAGUACAGAUAGCAGGGUUCGGACAAGCUCAGGGAUGUUUCUUAGAAGAGGACAAGAUCAAAUCAUUCAAGCUAUUGAGAAGAGAAUAGCAGAUUUCACCUUCAUACCUGUAGAGCAUGGUGAAGGUCUUCAAGUUCUCCAUUAUGAAGUUGGACAGAAAUAUGAACCUCACUAUGAUUACUUUGUUGAUGAAUUUAACACUAGGAAUGGGGGUCAGCGAUUAGCAACACUUCUCAUGUACCUUUCUGAUGUCGAAGAAGGUGGUGAGACUGUGUUCCCUUCUGCCAAGGUAUUCAGCAGUUCUUUACCUUGGUAUACUGAGCUAUCAGAGUGCGGGAAGAAGGGUCUUUCUAUAAAACCCAAGAUGGGAGAUGCACUACUCUUUUGGAGCAUGAGACCUGAUGCCACUUUAGAUCCAUCAAGUUUACAUGGCGGAUGUCCUGUCAUAAGAGGAAAUAAGUGGUCAUCGACAAAAUGGAUGCAUAUCCGGGAAUUUAGAGCUUAAUGUACCGAGAAAGGAGAUAUCGAUGUACAUCACAGUGUCAACGUCUUUUGGAGAUGGAUUACCACUGAGGAGAAAACGUGCGAUGGAGAAUUGUGAGGAUGUCGUGGACGGGCUGCUAAUCUACUCAUAGAAACUUCUUUUGUUAAUGUAGGACCAACAACUUUAUAUACAGUCCUUUGAGUUUUGCUUGUAUACUGUUCUUCUCUUAGUUAUCUAAAUGACAAGUUGACCUACAACAAAAUUGUAAGUGGAGUCGGUCACAUGGAUCUGAAUCUUUUACCAUUAUUAAGAUUAAAAAGUUAUAUGUUUAAUUAA